CACCCGUCAUACAGGCUGCUUUGUUGUGAAUACAGCAGCGGCACUGCACUGCACUGCACGUACAACCAGAAGGUUAUGAAGAGGUUAUUUCGGCUCAGACUGCAGCAGGAUUCAAUAAGGAAAACGUCGGCAACAGUGAAACCGCUCAGCUAAAAGAACAGAAAGAAUUGCGUAAAGUGCCGUUUUUGCACACUGAACGUUGCACGGGUCUUUUGUUUUCUCCAUCUCUGCUGCAUCAAGGACAGAGAUAGCAGGGUGAAUCGAGGAUCCAUGAAAGACGCUUUGAAUCGGAUAUCGCUUCAGUAUCACGGUUGUGUGGGGGUGCAGCCAUGGAUGCCGGGAAGCUGGAGCAGCAGGUGGCUAGUGUGGAGAGAGGCAUCGCCUUCCUGAAGCAGGAACAUCUGGCCAUGCUGACCGGUCUGCAGCUGGAGAUCACACACCUGAAGAGGCGCUGUCAUGAGCUAAGCUGUGAGCUGGACUCCAGGUUUCCUGACAGAAGCACCGAAGAGGAAGAAGCAGAGCUGGCCGCACGCUGUGAGGCUGCUCAGUGUCUCUUAGAGGAGCAGCAGUGCAUGAUGGUUGCUGCGCGUGGGGAGCUGCGGGCUGGCCGGGCACGGGCAUCAGCACUAGGAAGGAGCCUCAGGGAAGAAGAGCGCCAUUUCCUAGAGGAACUGAAACGCCGCAGCCACAAGAUCACACUGCUGAAUCGUGAGCUGCAACGCCAAAAUGUCACCACUACAACCCUCUGUCACGAGCUCCACACCGCACGCUUAAAACUGUUCCAGCAACAGCACAGCACAGAGUGUGGUGCAGAGGGAGAGGAGGAACUCAGAGGAAAGGAGGAAGAAGAAGAAGAGGAUGGUGAUGAAGAAGGUGAGGAAGAUGAAGAUUAUGAAGGGGAGGGAUCGGACUGGCUUCUGUCUCCACCUCCUCCAGCCUCUCCCAGCCAACCAGAAGCGAGACACAAGAGGCGUGUCAGCGUGAGGGAGGAGAGGGUCAGGGCUUGUGUCCCUCAGGAGAGAGUGACAUCGCCGCAGAGGCCACAACCUAUGCCCGACCCUGCCCUCUUCUUGGUGCCACUUAGAUACCGCCUCCUUCGCUUGAACCAACCAAUCAGAACGCAGGAUGGAGAGGGGCUGGAGGACGAGUGGGAGGAUAUAGAUGACAGCAGGGUGCACAGGAGGGUGGACAUGGGAGCAGGAGAGGGAGAAACCGCCCUGUGAUGAAGAUUAAAAUAAAGACAAAGUUGUCUUCCAGCAGGUCUCAGCAAAGAUCUAGAAAAAUCUUAAGACUUGAGAGAUGUAAGCUUGUGAUUGUCUGUAGAUUUCAGGAAGUGAGUAAGAUAUUUAGAAGUUAGAUGAAAAAAAGCAUGUGAUCAAACCUACACAUUACCGUAUUAACUGAAUUUGUCACAUUGAUGGUACAACAUGUACUUUGAAAAUGUGAAGAAAUGAGGGGUAAAAAAAGACUGAAUUGUGUUACUGUUUCAUAUGGAUGAUUGAUUUUAACACGUUGAUCACAGCUUUUGCCUGUAAUUAGUAACCUUGCCUCGGAGUCUGUGAACACUCACCAUACGGUUUAAUGUGGCAACCUGCUUUUUCACUGCACUAGCUGCAUUCCAGGUUCGGAAAGUCACUCUAGAAGGCUUAGGGACAUUUUGUAUGAUUUGCACUUUAUUAAAUUCAUGCAAUGGGCCUAGUAAAGGCAGAACAUG